CAGAGUUUUGUGGACGAGCAUGAUGCUAAGGCAGUGGAGUUUUGCUGUGCUCUUACUAAGCAUCCCUCUACCUGUCCAAGGGCAACCUAUACAUGCUCUCAGCAACAGAAUGAGACGCUCAGUGAGUCAAGCCCAACUUAUGCAUGACAGAGGGCGCUAUCUGCAGGACAGGAAGAGACGACUCUGGCUGCAGGAGCUUUUUGAACAGGUUCACACUGCCAAUGUGUGGGAUGCUCCGUCCAGCAGUGGAGCCAACCUCCAGCAUGUAACCUGGGGUGCCCAAGCUCCCAAAACUGGCAGCAGCACCAAAGACUUUCUUUUGGACUUUCAGUUAGAGAGCACAGGUACAAUCGACAUCCUGCCACAGGAGACCAACAAAGAGCAGCCAGCUGCCACUAAGAGAAAGAAGAGAGUAUGCUUGGGGAAGUGGAGAGAGAGCAAUAAACGAAGAGGAUGGCCAUGCUCAAUACAAGCCCAAGUAGCAUUAAGUGCUCACUAAGCAGGGCAACUGGCAGUAAGUGAGGAGAAGACUGUGAAACAAGAGGCAACGAUGGCAUCAAACACUCUGGACCAUGGUCUCUAAAACUCUUUACCAUAGAUUAGUGUCUCUUAUCAGCAUAACACAGUAUAAAUUGUCCCAUGCACUGUCUGACUCACAGUUACAUACAUUUACUAUUUAGCCUUUAAGCAAUGCUGUUAUUUUUACUGGAAAGGUGAAUCUGAUUAUAUAGUAAUAAAUUCAUAUUUUCAUUCAUUAAUUCAACAGCUUUAUCCUGGUCAGGGUCCUAGUGGAUCUGGAGCUGAUCCAGGCAAUGCGAGGUGGGAAAAACUAAUGGAACGCUGGUCCAUCACUGGGCACCAUGCACACACAUACACAUAUAGGAGCAAUUUAUCCUAACCAAUUUGUCUUUAGGCAUGUUUUUUGGAGGUGGGUGGAAAUAAAACCCAAACAGACACAGGGAAAACAUGCAAAACCCUGGAGCUGAGAGACAGCAACAAUACCUGUUGUGCAACUGUGCCAUCCAGUCCAUAUUUGAGAUCAUAAAAACCCAUAUGUAUUUUUCAUGUACUACACUAUCAACCAUAUUUCUUUUUAUUUAUUUGAUUAGAACUGUAUAUUUAUUCUGUAAAGGUAUCACAAUGCUGCUCUUUUCUACAAGUUUCAAUCAAUGCACUUUAGAAAUCUGUGCUAUCCUCCUGUAUGUCAGUAUUCUUUUGAUACUUUUGAUUUUUCUCCAGUUCUGUUACAAAAAGAGCUCCUGCUAUGCUUUCCAUUAUCAGCAUCAUCAAUAAAAC